CUCGCUCAGCUACUCUCCCCGUCGGGCUGUCUGUCUGUAUACCUUCUAUCCCAUUCGGUCAGUUGUACUUAGUCGGUAUAAAAUUUCCAGCCAUUGUCCAGCCGGUGAUCAGUUGUGCUUGAAACUUGAAACAAAAAGAUCGCGAAUAUCCCGAACUCUAUUUUACACGGACGGUUUAGCCUAAUCGAAAACUUCGACCAAAAUGACCAUCAACGAGAAAACUCGGUUGCUGCCCAAGGAGUACCAGAAGUCGUACGUGAUCCCGAUGCCCCAGGAGGACCUCAACAACAACACCAGCGACAGCAUACUUCAGGAAUAUGACUCGUAUGCCCUGACCAAGGAACAACUGGCCAAAUACAUCGAGGAUCCCUUCUGGAACCGUGUCCGGUACAUCUGCUUCUCGCUGUACUGGAUACUGUGCUUGGUGGCCCUACUGACUUCGUGCUAUUUAGCCUUCGAAGCUCUGGAAAGCGGAAUCUGUGAAAUUGACGGCACCGUGAAUGGCUCAACCAUAGUGACGAACGGCACGUCAACGAUCAUUUCGAUACCGACGAUUGCAACGUCGACGGGAGGAGCCGAUGACGCCAGCGGCGUAGUUCUACGCAUGAUAAGUCAACCGUCCUGAACAGCGACACUGUGGACUGUGUCGUGGGAAUAGCUCAAAUAAGCUGUGAUCAAGUUUAACCUCAGAUUUUAACUAAUCAACGACAACGACGACGGCUUCGAGGGAUUUUCCGGUCGAAGCGGAGAAAGUAAAUCGCGUCCUACGACGCAACUAUUUAUUGUAUUGAUUAUACACAUACCGACAACGCAUGCACCCAUUUGUGUGUAAAUAGUAGAAUUGCAUCCCCCAUCGAGAUAGGAUUAAAACAACACAUCAUACACUCUGCGAAGCAUCUCCUAUCGCCCUAUUGCAGCACUGCGCGGCCAGACGAGGGACGAGCGGUUCCCCCGGCGUUAUCAGAUUACCUUUGCGCAUGACUGCAGCGAUUCAAUAGUGCACCACGCACCCGCCGCCGGGUCUUGAUCUUGCUCCUCUCAGAGAAUAAGACGGAGGAGAACCGGCCUUCGUCGCAACGUGGACGACGCAGUUGGGAAGCUCGUGCAGGCACAGAAUAACUGAUGUAAUACCGACCAGAAGUUGGCUCAGAUGGUUCUAAUCUUCGCUCUAUCUCUCUAUCACCAGUUUGCUGCGCGGGCGCAACAUUGACAUUUCCGUAACUACCGUACUGGCUAAUGCUUGUGCAGUGCUGUUUGUUGUAAAUACCGGAGCAAUAAUAACAAAUAAAUUUUAUAGAAAAUGGAACAGUUUUGAUUCGAUUGUGAUGACCAAAGGGAAAUGUUCCAGGGCAUUGAAAU